UUUCCAAUUGGUAUAGCUGGUGAUUCUGUCAAUGUCUGAUGGCUUUGUGGGUGGAGAUUACUCAGGUCAUAGAUACAUUAAGGCCUAAACAGUCUCUCCCACUGCAGAGGUUGUUCCACUUCCUGGUUGUACUAGGAACAAACAAGCAGAUGGAUGAUAGCUGCAACUCAGGUGGUGAACAACUCGACGUUGAACUGACCGAACACAGCAAGGAAAAAGGUCAUUGGAUGUGAAGGAGGAGGCACAGCUAGGCUCUUUCUAGAGCAUGUUCAUUAUUUUGAAAUUACCUGCUUCCAAAUUAUUAUUGGUUGCAUGUCAGAUUUAACAGCCAUGAUACUGUUGACCCAGCAUGACAUCAUCCACUCUCUCUGCUGUCCCAUAAUCAUUCAGCUGUGUGUUCACCAUGUGUGCUGGUUACUUUCUUCAUUCCUAAAAAGAUUUUGACUAUUUUCACCACCUGGACCUGGCAACCCUAUGUAAGAGGAGUGUGAUCUGCAGAUAUUAGCAGGCACAGAGCAAACAAGAAUCAGCCAAGGGAGGGUGCCAUUCUCCCUGCUCUACUACCAUCACCAACAUCUCAGUUGAAAAUAUGCUCACAUGGAAGUAAUUGAGUGUGAUGAGUCUUACUCCCAACCAGGAUUCCUCAUCUGUGUGUGAGAAGAAUAUUGUGACGACUUACUUAGAUCUCUGGAGCGUUCUGAGGUCAAACAUUAUCAAGAUUUGAGACAUAUGAAUCAGCCCAGAAGGGAAGCCGCAGCAGCAAGCAAGCAACCACCCUGUCUCCAACGGCCAAGCGGAGAGGAGGGAAAGCACAGCAGCCACAUGAAUCAGUCUCUCUGUGCGUAUCCGGCUUCAGGCAGAGGCGGCAACCAUAUAGCGGGGAAGUGAGGAGGGAGGAGGAGAAGCGGCUGUUACUGCAGCCCCAGCAAGAGCGACGGCGACUUCUCCUGUCACCUUGUUGCGGAGGUGCUGAAAAGCCACCGCGACUGGUGCGGGCGGAACCGGGAGCUCGACGACAUUGCCCGGAGACUUGACAACCUUUGCAGUUUGACCAACGGUCAGAGAGGGGGAGUUUUGCAACCCGCGUCUCGGAACCAUCCAUCGGAAAAGCGGAAGGAGAAAACGCAGCCCCUGACAAGCUGCUGCGGGAGGAGGGGAAGGAGAAGAGGAGAGAGAGGGCAAUACUGUUGCCUCUCGAGAACCAGCGAGGCCGAUGGCGGAGCUCGGCAGCAGGGGAGGUGGCACCAGCAGUAGGGGGAUCACCUCCUCCCCGAGUCCAGUGCAAGGGAAGGCGGCGUUCAAGGCAGGAGAUGGGGAAGGAGGAGGCGGCGGCGGCGGGAGAGCCCACUUGGACAGCGCGGGCAAUAGGGUCUCCAAUGGGGACUGUGCUCUCGUGGGAACCAGAGAAGAAAGAGAUUCAGCCCAGCCUGGCAGCCCCAGCACAGAAGGAGGAUAUUCCACCCUGCAGCCAGAAGGCAAAUCUGGCAUCCCCAGGAAAACCAGUAUCAUCAAGGAUGGUACAAAGCAAAAAAGAGAACGGAAAAAGACGGUGUCAUUUAGCAGCAUGCCCACUGAGAAGAAGAUCAGUAGUGCAAGUGACUGUAUUAAUGCCAUGGUUGAAGGCUCGGAACUUAAAAAGGUUCGGUCCAACUCUAGAGUAUACCCUCGGUACUUUCUUUUAGAUGCAGAUAUGCAGUCUCUACGUUGGGAACCUUCAAAGAAGGAUUCUGAAAAGGCCAAGAUUGACGUUAAAUCCAUCAAAGAAGUGAGAACAGGGAAAAAUACAGAAAUUUUUCGUAGCAAUGGGAUUUCUGACCAGAUAUCAGAAGACUGUGCAUUUUCUGUUAUUUAUGGAGAUAAUUAUGAGUCUCUAGAUCUUGUUGCAAACUCUGCAGAUGUUGCAAACAUUUGGGUUACUGGGCUAAGGUACUUGAUAUCUUAUGGAAAACAUACACUAGAUAUGCUAGAAAGUAGCCAAGAUAAAAUGCGGACUUCAUGGGUUUCACAGAUGUUUAAUGAAACGGAUGUAGAUAAUUUGGGGCGUAUAUCCUUGUGUAGAGCUGUGCAAUUUAUAAAAAACCUAAAUCCUGGUUUGAAAACAAGCAAAAUUGAAAUAAAGUUCAAAGAGCUACACAGAUCAAAAGAUAAACCUGGUACUGAAAUCACCAAGCAAGAGUUUAUUGAAGUUUUUCAUGAGCUUUGCACACGCCCUGAGAUCUAUUUCUUGUUAGUUCAGUUUUCUAGCAAUAAAGAAUUUAUUGAUACCAAGGACCUUAUGAUGUUUUUAGAAGCAGAACAGGGUAUGGCACAUGUUACUGAAGAGAUAAGCCUUGAAAUCAUUCAUAAAUAUGAACCAUCCAAAGAGGGUCAGGAAAAUGGCUGGCUUUCUAUAGAUGGUUUUACAAAUUAUCUUACUUCACCAGAAUGUCAUAUAUUUGACCCAGAACAUAAAAAGGUGUGCCAGGACAUGAAUCAACCUUUAUCUCAUUAUUUUAUAAACUCAUCUCAUAACACAUACUUGAUAGAGGACCAGUUCCGAGGCCCUUCUGAUAUCACAGGAUAUAUUCGUGCUCUGAAAAUGGGAUGUCGAAGUGUUGACUUGGAUGUGUGGGAUGGUCCUGACAAUGAGCCUGUAAUUUACACAGGGCAUACAAUGACAUCGCAGAUAGUCUUCCGCAGUGUAAUUGACAUUAUUAACAAAUAUGCAUUCGUUGCUUCGGAGUACCCUCUUAUUUUAUGCUUAGAAAAUCACUGUUCUCUCAAGCAACAAAAAGUGAUGGUUCAGCAUAUGAAGAAAAUAUUGGGAGACAAGCUCCACACACAGUCUCCAAACAUCGAGGAAUCUUAUCUGCCUUCUCCUGAAUCUCUUAAAGGAAAAAUACUAAUUAAAGGCAAGAAGCUAUCUUCUAAUUGCUCUGGGCUUGAGGGAGAUGUUACAGAUGAAGAUGAGGGAGCAGAAAUGUCCCAAAGAAUGGGGAAGGAGGGUGUGGAGCAACAGGCUAUUGUGAUAGUGAAACGGUUACAGCUCUGUAAAGAACUUUCAGAACUGGUGAGCAUAUGUAAAUCAGUUCAGUUCAAAGAUUUUCAAGUUUCAUUUCAGCUUCAAAAAUACUGGGAAGUUUGCUCAUUUAAUGAAGUUCUUGCCAACAAGUAUGCCAAUGAAAACCCUGGAGACUUUGUGAAUUACAACAAACGUUUUCUUGCCAGGGUAUUUCCUAGCCCUAUGAGGAUUGAUUCUAGUAAUAUGAACCCACAGGAUUUUUGGAAGUGUGGCUGUCAGAUAGUGGCAAUGAACUUUCAGACACCUGGAUUAAUGAUGGACCUCAACAUUGGUUGGUUUCGACAAAAUGGCAACUGUGGUUAUGUAUUGCGGCCUGCUAUCAUGCGGGAAGAAGUAUCUUUCUUUAGUGCAAAUACAAAAGACACUGUGCCAGGAGUUUCACCUCAGCUUCUUCAUGUUAAAAUUAUUAGUGGACAGAACUUUCCCAAACCAAAAGGGUCAGGUGCCAAAGGUGAUGUUGUAGAUCCUUAUGUCUAUGUAGAAAUCCAUGGGAUCCCUGCCGAUUGUGGAGAACAAAGGACAAAAACUGUACAUCAAAAUGGGGACAAUCCAAUUUUUGAUGAAAGCUUUGAAUUUCAGAUUAAUCUACCUGAACUUGCCAUGGUGCGAUUUGUGGUGCUAGAUGAUGAUUAUAUUGGGGAUGAGUUUAUUGGACAGUACACAAUUCCAUUUGAGUGUUUACAAACAGGUUAUCGGCAUAUUCCACUUCAGUCUUUAAUAGGAGAAGCUUUAGCACAUACUUUCUUGUUUGUACAUGUUGCUAUUACUAAUCGAAGGGGUGGAGGAAAGCCUCAUAAACGGGGUCUUUCUGUCAGGAAAAGCAAGAAAUCUAGAGAAUACGCCUGUAUGAGGACAUUAUGGAUUAAAACCAUUGAUGAAGUAUUCAAGAAUGCUCUCCAGCCCAUACGAGAUGCCACGGAUUUGAGGGAAAACAUGCAGAAUGCAGUUGUUUCAUUCAAAGAGUUGUGUGGCCUCUCUCCUGUAGCAAAUCUCAUGCAGUGUAUUCUGGCAGUAUCUACACGGUUGGUGAGAUCUGAUAACACACCCUUGGUGGUAGUGAAUCUCAAUGAUCAAUAUCCAAAUAUGGAAUUACAAGGAAUUGUUCCAGAGAUUUUAAAAAAAAUUGUAACAGCAUAUGAAACGAUGAUUUGUACAAUCAAGACUCUGAUAGAAAAUACAGAUAAUGUAUAUGAAAAAAUUGUCCAGUGCCAAAAAGCAGCAAUGGAGUUCCAUGAAAACUUACAAAGUAUCGGAACUAAGGAAGGUUUAAAAGAGAGAAAACUACAGAAAGCAGUGGAGAAUUUUACCUGGAAUAUUACAAUUUUAAAGGGCCAGGCUGAUCUUCUCAAAUAUGCUAAAAAUGAGGCACUGGAGAACCUAAAGCAAAUCCAUUAUGCCACUGUUUCAUGUGGACUGAAUAAGCCAGGAUCUGAAAAUGCUGAGGUGUCAAAGCCCCGUCGAAGCCUGGAGGCUAUACCUGAAAAAACAGUCAUACAGCAGUAAAUAACCUCACUGUAAGCUGAAUAUACAAAACAAGAUCUGCCUCCUAAUAUUUCUGCUAUAAACAAUAAAAUGGGGUUCAACAUCACAAGGUGCAAUAAAUUUGAAGCAAAUGAACUGCUGGAAUAUGUUUUGAUUCAGACACAGACGGAUAAAACAUUUUGGUAUAAUCCAACUGCCUUGUUGUCUGAAGCCAUCAUCACAGACUGUCAUCCUUUACCAGUCUUCAAGCAACUCAGCAGAGCUGGCGAUGGCAUUAUCUCCCCACCCCCCGGACAUUUGCAUGAAUACUAACUUUUGCUUUAGCUUCCUCCACUUUCAAGAAGUCUUGAUGUCUCAUUUCUCUACCACCAUACAGGCUAUCAGGUUCCACCAUCUACCUGGAGCUCCUCUACUUUUAAACACUCCAGAUGUUUGUUGUCACAGUUCAGAGCAAGUCUAAACCUAUCUAGCUCAUCCCUCCCUUAUAUGAACAUCUUAAAUGCAUGAAAGUUUCAGGCCAGCCACUGCAAGAUUAAUACCUCAAAACAACUAAAAUCUCUGGGAAGUUGUGCUUGCUAUCUGUGCCUGAUCUACUUUUGUUUUCUUUACGAACAGAAGCUUCUUGGUUAAGACUAAAUCACAGGAAAAGCACAGUGCAAUGGUUUCCUUUGAUGGUGCAAUCCUAUUUGCUGGGGCUCUUUGUACUGCAUUGCUCUUUUCUUCUAAAUAAAGGCAAUUGAAUGUAGAUCUGCAGAUGGAGCAAGCCAAGUCUCAAGGAAAACCACAGAAACUUUCCCAAAUACUGGUUUUCAACUUUCAGUAAAUAUGCAAUAUGACAUCCCCUUCCUGUUUUGUACUGCCAGCUUGGUUCAUUGGCUCAGGAAGCCAGCAUCAAUCAGAGUACCAAAGUCACAUCUGCUUUAGCUGUAUGAUAGCAAGAAAUCAAAUCAAUAACAGAAAUAGUUUAGCAGGACUGUUGGAUAGGCCUAAGCAACAGGCAGAGCAAUAUUGAAAGUGACAUACUGAUAAAAUGAGAUUGGGGAUUAGGAUGUUGACUGCCAGGCUUCAGACCGGUCACCAGAAAACUGAUGACAGCUCCUAGUCAAGCUUUGUUACACUAUCCAAACCAAAGCUGUAUCCUGCCAUUCAUCACCUGUUCCCAGAGUGAGAUGAAAAGCUCUGUCUCGUCCAAGAGAACUUCCAAAAGUUCCAACUUUUCUUCUGUCUUGUCCCUCACUAGCCCAAGGCAAUAUUCAACUGAUGGCUGUAGACUCUCCUGAGACAUUAACUUAAUUGUGUCGUGCUGUGAAUAAGGCUCUAGACUACCACUCAGCAGUUCUCCAAGUCUCUGAGAGAUUUCCACCAUGAGCAAUGUUUUUCAGAUGGUGUUUACAACUGACCUGCUCAACCUCAUUUAUGAUGACAUCACUGGAACCACAGCCUGUGCCUUUGAUCACUCCAACGCACUCUCUCUGUUUCUUCUACUGUGUAGGAUUUGCAUCAGUGUUAAAGGAGUUGCGGACUGGAAGGGAAGAAGAGUGUUUCAUAGUGAGGUGGUUAAAUGCCAUAGAACAUCACAACAACUGAUAGUGUGAGAAAUGAGGGUGUGUGUGAAAGAGGGAGCGAUUAACGAUGCAAAGAGUUUAUCAGGAAACCGAUGCAAAGUUAAUGGCAUUUUACAUACAGUGCCUCUAUGAGUUGUUUCUGUGCGGUUUUUAAAUGUCAUCUAACUGCAUAAAUUCCAUUCAGAUGUAGCCAUUAUUAUGAGAGCAUCCAUAACAGGAAAAUCUAAUUAGGGGAUAAAAGGCUUCUGAGGGAUGAAAUCCUUUUUUCAUAUUGAAAUGGUAAUGAAUUAAAUGCAACUCAAGGAUAUUAUUUUUUAUGACUAGCACAGAACUAGCAAACCUACCACAACAUAAUUAGGUGAGCGGGCUUUUCUGCUUCCCUCCUCACUAACAUUGCCAACAGUCGUAUUAUAUGAGAAGUCCCUCGCUCUUGUCCCCUACAGGACAACAGGAUCCUGCCCCCACCCCAUAUUAUUGGGAGAGCCAGGGGCUCAGCCUUAUCCUGCAAUGCAUUUGCACUGAGUCCUCUGAAGCCUGGGUGAAGUCCAUAUUAUAAUGUGAAAGAAACAACAAAGUUCACAAAAGAAGUCCUAAUUGUUCUGCAAAGUUGCAGAGCAACUGACUGUGUUUAUUUGCAUCUUGCCAUUUGCUAAUAGUUUACUUAUCAAAUAAAUAGACCCACAGAUUCCUGCUGACUCACCACUUCCGGCAGAUAAAGCAGCCUUUCAGUGAUGCUUUCAGUGACAGCCACAGCAAGAUCGAGCAGGGAUGGAGAGGGGGAGAGAGAGAGAGAGAGAGAGAGAGAGAGAAACUGGGGGAUUCUGUUAAAUUUUCACCUGACACUUGCUUUAUGUCUAAGUGGAAUGUUCUGUGUGAAUAAGAAGUUUUGUGAAA